UGCUAUAGAAGUUGACCAUCUCGUCCUGUGGCCACAGUCCACUGAGGCUACCACUCAGUAAACAUGAGUCAGUGGAUGCUACAGGGCAUUGUAUUUUUCGUGCUUCUCUGCAACUGCGAUGGACAUACAGAAAGUAAAAGAAGGUUACGCUGGCGACACAGGUAUGAGUGUGAGUGUGAGUGUGCGUGUACGCAUAGAGAUCAUGUAUGCGGUUGCAACCUUUGACAGCUUAAGUUGUUAUUUCUGAUUCUGCUCCCCAGAUUUGUCUCAGCAGAAACAUUCUUUGUAUGCACGGCGCUGCAGACCCAGUGGUCUCAAUUAGUUCUGCACCGAGGUUCACCCUUCUGGCUCCAGAUCUGCUGAGGACAGACAGCCAGGAGAACAUCUACCUACAGGCAGACGGUCUAUCCAACCCCAUCACUGUCUCCAUCUCUAUCCAGGACUUCAGUAAGACUGCCACACUCCUCCAGGACUCUGUCACACUCAAUGUGGAAAAUGGAUACUACAUUCUCAAAUCCAUACAGGUGACUCACCAGGGUCAUAACUUAAGGUGCCUAGGUCUAGUUCAAAGAGACAUGAGGGUGUUUUGGCAAAAACUUAAUUUGUCUUAAAUUAGGGUAGAAGGUAGAUUCAAAGUUCAUAGAAAUGCAUUUGUGUUGUCUUUGUAAUAUCACAACUAUGGACCUAAUCUGAGUGCUUGAAAAUGAAAGGAAGUCUGCAUUUUCUUCCAAUUGUUUUUCCUCACUGUAAAAGUUAUUUGAUGUGUGUAACUGAUAAGAAACGUUAUCAGGUGAGGUUUAUGCCUUUGAAUUUUUGGAUAAAUAAAGGUAAAUUUAGGCCAAAAUCAUUA